UCUGCUCCCACUUCUAUUCCUACUCCUAUUCCUACUACUGCUCCCACAACCCCGCCUCCACAGGCAGCAUCAGAGCCAUCAUGGAUCAAGAAGCAUUGGUAUGUCCCUCUGAUCAUUGCUUUGGUUGUGCUGGCCGCUAUCAUUGGACUGAUUAUACUGUGUUGUUGUCUUGGUGGCGGUGGCGAAGACAAGUACCUAUAUCCAAUGGCUACUAGAGAGGCCAGUGAUAUGCCUCUGCGUGCACGUGAAAUCACUGAUGACGAUGAUGAUUAUUAUAAUGAUAUUGAUGAUGACCGAGAUAUGUCCAUGGUUCCAUCAGAACCGAUGCCAACGGAAGAUAUUGAAUCGGAGAACGUAUCCGUGUACUCGGUUGCACAGAAUGAUAUUUACGGUGAUGGAGAUGUAUUCUCGCAGGGCAACCGGUAA